UAUAAAGUAAACAUAAAGUCUUGAUUGCUUCUUGUGGGACUGUAUUUAGGUCUAUUUUUAAAUUUAUUUUAAUUAAGUUCAAACUUCAAAUUGAAAAAAUGAUUGUGUUUUGAAAAAUUACAUCAUGUUGGAUUUUUGCUGUCACGAGCGAUCAGUUUCUGGAAGAUGUGGUUAAAUGGAGGCGGCUUUUUUCCUGAUUGAAGCUGUUAGAUCUUGAAAGGUACCAUAUAAUGUUUGCCAAAAAGAAAAAGAAGCCCAUCAUCUCUGCCCCAACCAAUUUUGAGCACCGUGUUCAUACAGGUUAUGACAGGAAAGAAGGGAAGUUUGUAGGUCUUCCACCCCAAUGGGCCAGCCUCAUUCAACCACAUACCAACCGCCCAAAACCUAUCAUCGAUCCCUCCCAGAUUACCCCUAUAGAGAUGAUGGACAUCAAAUCUCAUACCAUUGUGCGUGGCAGCUAUGGUUCAAACUCUGUUCAAGUUCAUCGUAAUGGUCCUAUCUCUGUCACCAGGUCUAACUCCUUAAGAAAGGAGAGUCCGCCACAGAUUCGUAGGGAUUACCUAAGUCGUUUGCCUCCUCCAGUACCAGAAGAUGAGGCCCAUCAUCCUCCACCUGGUGGACCCCCAGUAUAUCAUGGACAUUUUCCUCAUCAUCAUGGUCAUCAACACAUUCCACAUUCCAAUCGUGGGCAAGUCCAUCCUGCGGGAGGGUAUAGAAGGGAUACCUCUCCAUUUGGUCAAGAGCGAGCUCCUAAAGGUGUUGGUCCUCCUCCAUUCGAUUCAAUAGAGGAUCAUGUUCGACCCCGUGACAGGGAUGGGGAUUGGAAUCAUGACCAACCUUAUCAUACCGAGGUUCCCAACAAAAUGCCUCCAGUACCACCACCUGUGGCACAAAAUCAGUAUCCUCCUCACACUUCUCACCAUCCUCCUAAUCCUUCUGCUCACAGGGCUCAAGUACCAAAUGGUAACACACAACCACCGCAACAUAUCAAUAAUAAACAGAAUAUCAAUAAUAAUAACCACCAGGUGGAGCAUGUGCCAGCUCCAGUGGGAAAUAAACCUACUAGACCUCAGUUCACUCCCAAAGAACAGCAACAACCUCCUGUGGAAAAUAAUAAGGAACAUGUCAAGCCAGAACUCCGUCCACCAACCAAGCCUUCUACUGGUCAAAAUCAAAAUCAGAAUCAUUUAGAGCAGCAAAGAUUAUCUCAUGAGCAGUUCCGUGCUGCACUACAAAUGGUUGUAAGUCCUGGUGAUCCAAGAGACAACCUUGAAAAUUUCAUAAAAAUUGGUGAAGGCUCUACAGGAAUUGUUUGCAUUGCAUCUGAAAAAUCUACAGGUCGUCAAGUUGCUGUGAAGAAAAUGGAUUUACACAAGCAGCAGCGAAGAGAAUUAUUAUUUAAUGAAGUUGUAAUCAUGCGAGAUUACCACCACCCAAAUAUUGUGGAAAUGUUUGACAGCUUCUUGGUGGGAGACGAACUGUGGGUAGUAAUGGAAUUCUUGGAGGGUGGUGCCCUGACAGACAUCGUUACUCACUCAAGGAUGGACGAAGAGCAAAUAGCCACUGUCUGCAAACAGUGCCUUAAAGCCCUGGCUUUCCUUCACUCACAAGGAGUAAUUCAUAGGGAUAUCAAGAGUGAUUCUAUAUUACUUGCUAAUGAUGGCAGAGUGAAAUUAUCCGAUUUUGGUUUUUGUGCCCAAGUAUCUAAUGACCUUCCUAACAGAAAAUCUCUUGUUGGUACACCAUACUGGAUGGCUCCUGAAGUUAUUUCACGCUUGCCUUAUGGUCCAGAGGUGGACAUUUGGUCUCUGGGCAUCAUGGUGAUUGAAAUGGUUGAUGGUGAACCUCCUUUCUUCAAUGAACCACCACUUCAGGCAAUGCGACGUAUCAGAGACAUGCCUCCACCCAAGCUAAAGAAUACCCACAGAGUAUCGCCUCGUCUUCAGGGAUUCUUGGAAAAAAUGCUGGUCCGUGAUCCUUCUCAACGAGCUACUGCCUGUGAACUAUUACAACACCCUUUCUUGAUGCAGGCUGGAGCACCUAGUUUGCUGGUCCCUCUUAUGAGAAGUUUCCGACACAGCCCUUGUUAAAAUCUGUGUGCUGGCCACUCUUACAUCCCAUUCUUUAAGGAAACAGUUGAUGUUUCUGUUACUUUUGUUACAUUUCAUUGACUUUUGUUUUGGUAUAAAUGGAUUUUUUUUGUGUGUUUGAAAAGUGAAAAAAUGAAUGGUUUUUAUCAGUCUAGAUCUAUAAUUGAUUGUGAAUAGGCUUUUUUUGUGUGUGUGUGUUUUAAAGAAGCUGUUAAUGUUCUGUUAUUUUGUAGUUGAAUUAAAAGUGGCUAUUGGAGGUGCCAUUUGUACUACUGGUUUGAUUUCAUCAACAGAUUUUUACUUGUACAUUUUUUUUUCUUCCAUAAAUUAGAUUGAAAGUAAAGUGUUUUUAAGGUAUGAGAAUUUCAAAUAUUUAUGAUGUCAUCCCUUCAUUUUAAAAUUAUUGUGAAAAAUGCCUUUUACAUUCUGACAAUUCUCAGUUACUUUCCUUCUUGUUGAUUUUAUAUAUUCCUCUUUGGAUUCACUUCCUUUGUUGUUUCUUUUCAUCAUAGAUGAAAAAUUAUCUUAUUAUGAUGUUCUAAUAUUCUCAUAAAGAGUCCUUAAGAAAUAGUUUAUGAAAUAAAUAUUUGAAUUGCUGUGAUAAUCAAAUUAACAUAUGAAGGAAUUAAAGAAAAAGUGUUUCAUUCUUUUCGAAUUGCAAAAUAUUUAUCAGUGAUAUAGUUCUUUCAUAGUUAUAAAGAUUCCUUCAAAUUCACAUUAGGAUUGUCUUAUGAAGAAACAUCACUUCUUUAUUAUCCAAUUAUUAGAAAAUUGUUGAAUAAUCGUUGUUUCUUAUUGUAAUCAUAGUCAUCAAAACAAAUUUAAAAAACUUAUAUUUGUCUUGAAGUGGGAUAUAAUGAUGUUCUGAACUCAAAUGCCUUAUCAAAUUGCCUUUCAUAGCAGAACUGUAAAUAUGUCCAUGCUUCUUUUUAAUUAUUGUUUUUGUGAAAUUGUUUGGACGAAAUUUAAGUUUAAAAAGAGCCAUUGCAGUGCUUUUCAUUUAAAACAUGAAUGGUUCAUAAUCUAUUUUGUGUAACAAGUUAAUACAAAAUAAAGCAGGCAUUAGCUUUGAUCUUCAUUUUAAUAGAAUUUAGAAAAUUAUUUUUCUAAGAAUUUUUUUGUGAAAUGUUUUUCGUUUUAAAGAAUUAAAUUAUACAUAAUGUAUAUGUAUUCUUUUAAACUCAUCUUAAAUUUUAAUACUUAUUAGCAGUUUUAUGAUUUGAAAUGUUUUUAAUUUAAUACUGUUUGUAGAGUAAUUAUACUGUCUAAUGAAACUCUAUUAUAAAUUUCAGCAGAAUUUUAAUAUCUAUUAUAAUUAACUUGAUUCAGAGGGUGUUUUUUUUUUUGUCUAAUUUUAAAUGUACUAUAUAUAUUUCAUAAAUAUGAUCUGAAUUGUCAGUACUGUGAAAAUAGUCAUAUAAAACUUAUAUGCUGAUAUCAAAUUUGUUAGUAUCAUCUUUAUAUGAUAUAAGAAAAUUUUUACUAAGCAAUUAGCUGAAAUUUUAUUCCGUCCGACAAAAUAUAAAAUAGAAAUAUUUGUUGUACUGUACAGUGAUAUUCUGGAAAUAAAAGCUAUUUUACAUGUAUAUAGUUGAAGUAAUCUGAAUAGUUUCCAUAAUGCAGUUGAAAUAUUUUUCUUGUUAUUGCUUAUAUAAGCAAAGUGUUUGCACUUGGUGUUUAAAAAUGUUAAUAUGCUGGUGAUUUCCAUCUUUAUGUAUAAUUUGGUGAGUUUUAUCAUAUGCAUUUAUUUUCAUUCAUAGAAAUUUAAUAAAAGUAUUUAAAUUCUACAUGAUUUUUUUCGAACAAGUAUUAAUGCUGUAAACAGGGUGAUGUGUUUGCUUAUAAAUUCUUUUUGAAUUAAAUGUAGUCUAUGGUUUACUUUUGGUAGCUAUUUUACAUUUUCGGUUUCCUUUGUAGCUGAAGAUAUUUGGAAUUUUGUGUAUACUCAAACAGUGUUAUUUAUACUAUACUUUAAAGCCAUGGCAGCUUGUGUUUUCCUUUGGCUCAGUUCAUUUGUACAUAAUAUCAUUCAUUCAUUAUCUUUUAUUGCCUUUCAUUACCUCAUUCAUUCCCUUUCUGUUCAUGCAUUCCAUUUACUUUGUACAGAACUUUUCUGCAUAGUUCAAGUCAAAGCCUACAGUACUCAUAAUUUUUUGCCAGUGCUUAACUAAUGGAGUAUUCUACAUAAUUGAAUUGAAGUUUAUCCUGAUUUUUCUAAUCAAUAUUUGAUGUUGUCUCAGCUUUUAAUAAGGUGAUGUAAUGAAAUAAAUGCAGCAAAAAUUUUGCAUUGCUGUAUGAAAUAAGUGAUAUGAAUGUAUUUUUAUAAUGUGUACCAAUUACUUGAGUUUGUAUGAGAACAUGAAAAUUUGGUGCAAUAGAAAUGUUUAUUUUUUUUAGUAAGGUAUUUAAUUAAUUGAAAUGCACUCAAAAGUAUGUCACUUUUGUUUGUAAAAUUUUUAAACACAAUAUUUUGAUACCAAAACUUAUUUUUUUAAAUUCAUGUAUAUUACUUGAUUGCCGGAGAAAACCCAGUGCUGCAUAUGCAUAGUGAAAUGUAUUUAAAUAAGGGUUUGAAACAUUUUACUUCUCUUAUGUAAUGCAAUGAAAGUUUUAUUGUAAGCUGUUUUUAAUAAAUUUUAAUACUAAAGUUUUA